GUUUUGCCAUACGGUCCACAAAAAAAAUGUGACGAAGCAACAAACCAACCAUCCAAUUUUACUCAUGCAGAUAAGAACAAGAUAGGCCACUCAUUGCUCACAGUCACACACUCCAUCACUAACAACAUAUAUAUAUAUAAUUCAUUUCCCACUUUGUCCCUCCAAACAUUGCCACCAUGGCCACCACAACUGCCGCCGCCACGUCACACUUUUUCGGCACUCGUAUCAGCAACAAACCAACCUCAAACAUGGGAAGAGUCCGUGCAUUCUUCAACCUCCCCGGCAAAUUAAAACCACAACCAAAGAAAAAAGAAGUUAAAAAAGUGAGACAACCAGAAAGUGACGGACUAGUGUGGUUUCCUGGUGCACAGCCACCGGAAUGGCUGGACGGAUCAUAUAUCGGUGACCGUGGAUUUGAUCCAUUGGGAUUCUCGAAACCAGCGGAGUAUUUGCAGUUUGAACUUGACUCGCUUGAUCAGAAUCUGGCUAAGAACCUUGCUGGUGAUAUAAUUGGAACUAGGGUGGAAAGUACGGAGGUUAACCCGACGCCGUUUCAGCCGUACACGGAAGUUUUUGGAAUUCAGAGGUUUCGUGAGUGUGAAGUUAUUCAUGGAAGGUGGGCCAUGCUUGGUGCUCUUGGUGCUUUGGCUGUUGAAGCUUUCACUGGUGUCGCAUGGCAAGAUGCUGGAAAGGUAGAGCUUGUAGAAGGGUCAUCCUACUUUGGAUUACCACUUCCAUUCUCAAUUAGCACAUUGAUAUGGAUUGAAGUAUUAGUAAUUGGCUACAUUGAGUUUCAAAGGAAUGCAGAGCUUGACCCAGAGAAAAGGUUAUACCCUGGUGGAAAAUUCUUUGAUCCUCUUGGUUUGGCCAGUGACCCUGAAGAGAAAGAAAGACUUCAACUAGCAGAGAUUAAGCAUUCUCGCUUAGCUAUGAUUGUCUUCCUCAUCUUUGCAAUCCAAGCUGCUGUUACAGGAAAAGGACCUAUUGGUUUCAUUGCUACCUUCAACCAGUAACAUAAUUGUACCUGCAGAAUUAUAAACUGCUAUGUAUGUAUACCAUAUGUGACAAUGUAUCUCUGUAAUACAAUGUUAUAAUGUUGCUUAUAGCAAACAAACACCCUUAUAUGUUUUUAAUUUGAUUGGUGCAUUUAAUUUGCUA